AUGGUACUGUUACUGCUGAUUGGUCUUAUCCAUGUUUUCAUCGUCACCCAUGCCGAAUUACUUCAAGGUCUCUAUUGUGGCACAGAAAACUGCUAUGAAGUUCUAAAUAUUGAUCGAACAGAGUUCAAUAAGAAUAUGUUGGGAAGAACGUAUCGAAAAUUAGCGGCGCAGUAUCAUCCUGACAAAGUUACUGGUGCUAAGAAAAAAGAAGCGGAAGAAAAAUUCCGUCAAAUUGCAACCGCUUAUGAGACUCUGAAGGAUGAUGAGACACGAGCUGAUUAUGAUUAUUAUUUGAAUCAUCCGGAACAACGAGCUUAUAACUAUUACCAGUAUUAUCGCAGACGGGUAGCUCCAAAAGUGGAUGCACGAAUUGUUGUUUUGGUUACUUUGGUACUUAUAUCUAUCAUUCAGUUUCUAAGUGCAGCACAAAAACAUAAGGAAGCACUUGAUUAUGCUGUGAAACAAGAAAAAUACCGUAAUGCAGCGAAAGAAAUUGCCAAGGAAAGAGGAAUUCCUCUGCAAGGCGACUUUCGUAACAGAAAGUCGCGGAAAGAAUAUGCCGAACAGGUCCUGCGGCAGAUUAUUGAAGAAAAUGUGGAUAUCAGAGGUGGUUAUAAGAAGCCAUCGAUAUAUAAUACAUUGCUGUGGACGAUUAUUGUGUUGCCUUAUACAGUAUACAGGUAUGUUGCUUGGAACUUCUCAUGGUUCAUAAAAUAUCAUGUGAAGAAAGAAGAUUAUGAUGACGAUGCGAAGUCUUAUCUGAUACGAAGAAAUAUGAGUCUUUCUGAAGAACAGUUUGCAAGUUUCAGUGACAGUGAACGAUUAUCUUUGUUCAAAAAUGAGUUAUGGGAUCGAGCGAAAUUUACGGAGUGGAAGGCUGCAAAAGAAGAUGAACAAAAGGAACGUUUGGCCGCUAGUGGGCGGUACAAACGAUAUCGAAGAUACAUCAAGAAUCAAAACACUCUUCCCCUUAGUUUUAUGGAAUAA